AUGGUUAAAUUAGAGCCGAUAAAACCGGUUAUCCGUUCUCGUUCAUCAUCAUCUGAUAGUGACUUCGAUGAUCUAAAUUCAACGUCAUCAUCUGAUUCUGACUUGUCCCUUAUUGAAACAUCUGCAACGAAUUCAUCAAAGUCUUGUCAGAAACGUAAAAUCCCUACGUCUACACAUAUUAUUCCUCAAGGUACAUCAAUUCGUGAUGUGAAUAAUAGUUUAUGGAUGAUACAUCAAUGUGUUAAAGUUUCACAUCAUAAUGAAAGAUUUAUUUAUUUAUGUAGUCAAGUUAAAAGAACAUCCAAUGUACAUGAAUUAAAAAUAUUAGAACAAACUGAACAACAAAAUAUAGUUAAAACAAAGAUAUCACCAUUGAUGUAUUUAACAGAUAAAUUAAAACAAUCAAGACAAACUGUAAUUGAUAAAGCGCGUGCUGAGAAUGAUAAACUUGAUUAUAUUUUUUAUGGAGCAGUUAUUGGAGAUACGAAUAAAGAAAUUGAAUUGAUUAUUUCGAAUAACGAGAAACAAGCAAUCGCGUCAAAUAAAAAUUCGUUAAAUAACAAGUUCUUAUCUUCCUCAGCAAAUGAUCAAAAUUCAAAUAAAAUAAUUCAUGGUAUCGUUGAGUUUCUAAAAGAUGAUGAUACAUAUGAUGAAAAUAAAAUAAAUAAAUAUUCUAUUGAAAUUAUAUUUGUACAAGAUAAAAAGAAAUAUAAUUCAAUUGCAAACCCAUCUGAAUUACUUCAACAGAUUCUAAAAAUAGAAAUUAAAAACUUAAAAGAAAUGCGGAGAAAAAAUUUGAUUAUAAAUAAUAAAACAAAUGAAGAUCUUCAUAAAUUUAUUAUAACAAAGAAACCUGGACAUACUCAAUAUGAUAUUCAAGAAAGUAUCAAUGACGAAGGAGAAAAUCUUUCUUCUCCGCCUUCUUCUUCAUCAGUUGAAUCUUCUACAACUAAAUAUUUACUUAAGCUUGAAAUUAAUACACCAUCAUCAUCAUCAUCAUCUAAACAAUAUACAAUUGAUCAUGAAAUCGCAUUUUAUUCUCGGUUUGCAACACAUGAAAAAUUAAAAUCUUAUAUAAAACGACAUAAUCUUAUGUAUAUCGCCAUUCCUGAAUAUAUAUCACAUGGAACAUAUAAACAUUUGAAUUUAACAUAUAAAUUUUUAAUAAUGGAACAAUACCGUGAAAAUCUUCGUUCACUUAUUUAUUCCUACGAUCAAUCAUUACCUGAACAUAAUGCAUUAAAUCUAUUUCUACAAAUGCUAUAUGUUAUACAAUUUAUUCAUGAAAAAAAUUAUGUUCAUCAAAUAAUUAAACCAAAAUAUAUGAUGUUCGCUAAUAAACAGCCAUACUUUAUUUUUUUAACACAAUUUCGAACUGUUAAAAGUAUACAUGAUACAGAUAGUCGAUCAAGUGAGGUUCCAAAUGAAAAUCGUCCAAUUACAGCCAAUGAAAAUCAACUUGUUAAACAACAAAAUUAUCAAGUUAAAAAGAAAGUAAAACGUUCACAUCGAACACAAUUAGCUGCUAUACACAAUAAAACAUUAUCCGUUGUUCCAUCACCACUACUUGUUAUUGAUGUUCCAAGUCCUACAAUUGAAGAAGAUAAUCUGUUAAUAAACGCAAAUUCAUAUCAUCAUCCAUUUAGUGUUUAUUCUUCCCUUGAUAUGCAUCUUAACGACAAGCAAACCUAUCGCGGUGAUUUAGAAAUGCUUGGUUAUAAUUUAAUUGUUUGGUCUGGCGGACGAUUACCAUGGGAUAAGAAAAAUAAAAAUGUUCAUUUUAAACUACAACGUGAUACAAUAACGAAUGAAAAAAAAUUAGCUAAAUCGAAUGUUAAUGAGUUUGUUAAAAAAUGCUUCUUCAUGAAGUUAAUAUCACCUGUUACAUUACGUGCGAUUUGUGAUUACAUGUCAACUGUUUAUCAAUUGAAUAUUGACGAUAUGCCUAAUUUUGAUCAGUUACGUGCACCAAUCAAAGAAAUUGUUAAAGCAUUAGGUUUUAAAGCAAAUGCAUGUCUUCGUUUAUCAAACUCAAAAUCAAAAGCAACCAACACAUCGAAUAGUACAAAUAAGAAUGUUUUGAAUUCUUCUACUAAUACACAAGAUGUUAAAACUAAUGGAAAUAUUAGCAAGCAUAUCAAUAUUAAUGAUACAACAUCACCAGUAAAAGAGCUUGAAGUUGAACAAGAUGACCUUGAAGAUGAUGAAGAUGAGGAUGAGGAUGAUGACGACGACGAUGACGAUGAUGAUAAUGAUAAUGACGAUGAUGAUGAAGAAGACGAAGAAGAUGAAGAGGAGGGUCAUCCAUGUCCACCGGGAUCAAAUUCAUGUGACGAUGAAGAUGAUGAUGACUCGAGUGAUGAAAAUAAUGACGAUGAUACACAAAUGGAGCAACAAGCUCCAUCAAUUCCAAGUCAUGCAACAAAAACUAAAUGUAAACGUUGCGGUGGUGAUCAUUCACUUGAAGAUCAACAAUCUCAAACAAGUAGCGAUAAACAAAGUAAUAGUAGUACUGGUCCAGGUACAAAUAAUAAUAAUAAUACUCUUACUUAUCAACAAAAACGGCAGCGAUCAAUCGCUAAACGUCUUCAGUUACGUCGUAAAAAGAAAAAUUAA